CCGUGUCACAGCGCAGGGGAGAGAAGAGGAGGAAACCAGAACACUGCUGCUGCUGCUGCUGCUGCUGCCACCGCAGACAUGGACCUCCGCUCAGAGCUGCUCAAGUCCAUCUGGUACGGCUUCACGGCCCUGGACCUGGAGAAGAGUGGGAAGGUGUCCAAGUCCCAGCUGAAGGUGUUGUCCCACAACCUGUGCACGGUUCUGAGCAUCCCUCACGACCCCGUGGCCCUGGAGGAGCACUUCAGGGACGACGACGACGGCCCGGUGUCCAGUCAGGGCUACAUGCCCUACCUCAACAAAUACAUCCUGGAUAAGGUCGAGGAAGGCUCUUUUAAUAAGGAAGAUGUGGACGAACUCUGUUGGACGUUGACGGCCAAGAAAAACUACCAGCCAGACAGGAGCAGCAGCACUCUGCUGCCAGAGAAAGACGCUUUCCGACUGUGGUGCCUCUUUAAUUUUCUCUCUGAAGACAAGUAUCCUCUGGUUAUGGUUCCUGAUGAGGUGGAGUACCUGCUCAAGAAGGUCUGCAUGGCCAUGAGCAUCGAGUUCAACUGUGUGGAGCUGGAGGACUUCUUCUCUCAGGACUCUGUGCACCAGAGCGGGAUCACGGUUUGGGUUUUCUUGGAGAUGAUGAACUCUGGAAAAAUCACCAGAGGAAUCGACAAGAGCAUCGUCAGCAUGGCCGUGGAGGAAGUGUACAGGGAGAUAGUUGGUGAUGUCCUCAAAGAGGGUUAUCUGUGGAAGAAAGGCCAGCUGAGGAGGAACUGGAAGGAACGCUGGUUCACACUGAGGCCGAGCAACUUGUCCUACUACACCGGGGAGGACCGCAAGGACUGCCAAGGCAACAUCGUGCUGGAUGGGAACUGCUGUGUGGAGGAAGUAGACGAUGAUCAAAUAUUGUUUGGUCGUUCAAAAUGGAUGAAAAACGUCCUUUUUCCUGUGCUGCCCGAUCGGGAUGGGAAGAGGUGCAUGUUUUGUCUAAAGACCCUCUCAAAGACUUAUGAAAUGAGCGCCUCAGACACCAAACAGAGGCAGGAGUGGACCUCAGCCAUCCAGACGGCCAUCCGGCUGCAUGUGGAGGGCAAAAAGUCCCUCCACAAAGACCUGAAGCUGAAGCGCCGGGAGCAGCGGGAGCACCGGGAGAAGAGACGGCAGGCCAAAGAGGAGGAGCUGCUGAGGCUGCGGGCCCUGCAGGAGGAGCGGGAGCGCAAGCUGGCCGAGCUGGAGCUCCUGAAGGAGGCGCAGAAGCAGGCCCAGGCCCUCCUGGAGGAGGACGAGCAGAGGAGGCGCCAGCAGCACGAGCAGCUCCAGCGCACCUUGGAGGUGCAGCUCCGAGAGGCCGAGGAGGCCCGAGUCAGCAUGCAGGCGGAGAUGGCUCUGAAGGAGGAGGAGGCGGAGAAGCAGAGGAAGAGGAUCCAGGAGCUGGAGGAGAUGCAGAAGCGCUUGGAGGAGGCGCUGCAGCAAGAAAUUAAAGCCCGGCUGGAUGAGGAGGCCUUCCGCUACGCCCAGGCGGGCUUACUCGCCGAGGAAGAGGAGAAAAUGAAGGCCCUGAUGAACCUGCAGGAGGAGCAGGAGGAGUACAUCCUGAAGACGGAGAGGGAGAAGCGCGAGCUGAAACAGGAAAUGGAGGCCAAGUCCCAGGCCCUGGAGGAGGCCCAGAGGCAGCUGGAGGAGGUUCGCGCCAACCGGCACCGGGUGGACCAGGACGUGGUGGCUGCUCAGAGGAAACUGCGCCAGGCGAGCACCAACGUCAAACACUGGAACGUCCAGAUGAACAGACUGAUGCGGCCGAUCGGGCCGGGCGAGAAGAGGCCGUCGUUGGGAAGCUCCUUCGCUUCGUUCCAGAUCCCGACGCAGAGGGACCCCGGGCUCCGCCUCAGGAGGAGGUCGGGGUCCGAGGAUCAGGACGAGGAGAGCAAGGAAAACGUAGAGAGCAGAGACGAGUGCGACUUGGAGAAGCGUCACUCGCACACCUCCAACGGAGACAUGGACAUUCCCUAAACGCAUGGGCGAGCGAGCGAGCGAGUGAGCGAGCGAGCGAGGCCGUAGAGGUCAUCUGACCGGCAGGACGCGUGCACUUAAAACUGAAUUUACCACGACUACCAAAGCUACUAAAUUACUGACCUCAUGUUACGGACAGCAACAGGUUUGAAAUAUUCUCAUGUGAAAGUGCUCAACUAAUGAAAAACAGUGUGAGGCCAGUCCUGAAAAUAAACUCAGAAACUACCUAAACCUCUGUGUAAGGAAAAGAAGCUGUAAAAAAAGAGAAGAAGAUCCUGACGGUUGAGAUCUACACAUGUAAAGAAAGUUAACACAGCAUCCAUGUAAUCCAGAAACGGGCUCAUGGUUUGAUUUUAAUGAGUGAAUUUUCAGGUGGCGGCUUGACUAUUCUUGGUUGUUUCACUGCAGAAGGUUUGUUCAGUGCUAUCACAAUUCGAGUGCCGAUAAACAGGAAAAAGAGAGACGGCAGGAGGCGAGAGACAGAGAGACUCUGGUUGAACUUCCUGUUUCUGAAGUCUGUUAACAUUAUUGUAAAUAAAAAGACUGAGCUGAACCCA